AUGCUCUCCUCACAGCUACAUAUACAGCGGAUACCGCGGCUAAUACGGCUUCGGCCUCCAAAUACCAUCGCUCGCUUCUCGAAUCCACGCCCGUUUACCAGCAACUCCCAGCUGCUUCUCAUCACCACACCCGCAAACCGACCGCAGCUCCCCUUUCUCUACGCCUCUUCAGCCGGACAUCCUCUAUUCGCUGGCAGAUCCCUGAAUGUGGUGACCCUUGGCCGACAUGUAACGCGCCUGAUAAGUACUGAGCGGCGAAGGAAGAUAACCAAUGGCAUCAAGAUCGGUUUGACGGUUUACGCGAUCAUCCUGCUACUAUACGUUGCGCAGCAAGGACUCUACCAAGAAACUAUAGAGCGGAUGUUUCCCACGCCACCUGAAUGGUCGUGGAAAAGCAGGUGGUAUUUGCGAACAGCAAAGGCUCUGCAGUCUCCUGAGAAAAUGGGACGGGUUGCUACUAGCUGGCCUGCGGUGGGAAGUUACUACAGAGAGCUGCUACUCCGGCUGGAAGACCCUGAAAUUGAUGGAAAAGGAUUGAAAGAGCAAAUUGUCAAUGCAGGGGAAGGAGAGGCCAUUUUAAUUGAUGGAGUGGGCAGGGCAGGGUAUGACAUUGACGGGAUGAGCGAGCCAUGGAAGAAGGGUUACUUCGACUGUCUGAUGGGAGCUGCUGAGACAGCCGAGAAACUGGAUGGAUGGUUAGAGGAUACAGUGACGCACAUUGCUUCACCCCCAGAAUACGUUGUAGGCCCAUCAAAUCCACGACCGAAGGAGGGACCUAAAGGCUCAAUUGCUCCUCUCGAGGAGAAUUGCGUACCGGCAUACCAGAAUCCAUCAGUUUUUUAUAUGAAGAUAUUGACCACCAAGGGAUUCCAAACCAACCAGAAGCUUGAUGCUGCUCUGGCAUAUGCAGACUGGCUUGAUUAUAAGGGGUUAAAGGACACUGCUGGGGAAGUCUACUGCUGGGCUAUGGAUAUUGCUGUUGAAGGCCUCGGUGUCGACCCCCGGAAAGUUGUGGACAUCAAGACUGGCAUCAUAAAAGAGGGUGGAACCAAAUACGUGACUGAGAAUUUACUUCGAACCUCCAAGGCGAUGGGAGUUCACCAAGUACGCGUGGGUGAUUUAUCAUCAGCUCUGGCCGUUUUCCUCUCUGUGCUCAAGUGCCGGCGAAGCGUGACGGCAUCUGAAGACUCACUCCCAAAGAUCAUCAGCCCAAAGCCGAAUAAAGUAAAGACGAAAAAGGAUGAUAUUCUGACCGCCGUCACCUCGUUUAUCUCCCCACCUCAAUACCCCAUUCCAAUCCGGACAGGAAACGAGCCUCCCGUACGCUCCCAGUCAACUGCUUGUGAAGAGGCAGGUCUGAUGUUAUACAUUGGUGAGAUUAUCUACGCCUCUUCCUCCCGCGAGGCUGGCUUAUCAUGGACCCGGGACGCUGUUGAUCAGGCCGAGAUCGCCCUCCUUCAAUUAGACGAGAAACAAGAACAAAGACAACUAGCAGCAUCACCGAGUCACGGAAUGCAGUAUCAAUCUACAGAAGAACAAUGCCAACACUGCCUCAGAUCCGGCCUGAAGAACUGGAGGCAAAUGAUUCGCUCCCUAGUGGUCAGGGCUGAGAAGGAAGAGCUCCAGACCAUGGACGAAGUGAACGACUACUGGUUCGGCCGUGGACCGAGGAAAGUGGCCGAAAAGCAAGCACAGCGUCGUCGAUGGGAGGCAGAGGAGAUGAUACUGGAUGAUCGUGCAAAGAGAAUCCAGCGUCUUAUCGGGGACGAUGGGCUUUCUGCCCUCACAUCUAGUGAGAGAAUGUUCUUCGGUUGA